GUGUGGAGUAUUUUUUCCGCAUUCAAUAUAUCCUGGUAAAUUUAAUCAAAUUUAGGACGCUGGUAGGUAAAUGAUUGGUAUAUAAGAAGAUCGGUUUUUAUUGAAGUUACAUCGAUGUGUCGGCAAUAUUUCUGCUAAAUCGGCAACUUUUGGGUGUGUAGUGGACAUUACAUUGGUAUUAUAUAGCUCAUCAUCCGUGCUGCUACAUUUUUUCUUCUGAUUUGUCAUCCGCCAAAUAAACACCAUGGUAUUUUCUAAGGCUCUGAUUCCACUUUCUGUCAGUUAUUUGAUUGUGGUAUUGACCGUCAGCUGCUUUGCUGCGCCUUGGCCGGAAGCUGCCUACCCGGCACAGUAUGGCGGUGUGUUUCCGCGGGCGGCCUAUCUGCCGUAUCCCCGUCCGGGCCUGGGACUACGCUCCGUAUCCGGUAGGAAUGAGUCGACCAAGAUGCUGCGACCUGAGCCAGCCGGUGGUCAUAUCCGAUUACUCGUAGGUAAACGGAUGCCCUACUACAGCGCCAUCAAUGUCAUCGACGAUCAGGAUGAUUUCCUGAGGAAGCGCGCCAUCAACGACGACCCGGAGCCCAUUGAAUUUCUCGGCCGGAAGUGAAUACACAGAACGCCGACGUUGGGAUACACCGCGGUGUUGUAUGUUCCCGUGAUGCUAACCUGAUCUCGAUUUGACCUUUGUAUCUCAAAUUAAUUAAGCACCUAUACUUACUUUGAUCCGAUUAAAUUUUUUAUUUAAUUAAAUUCCUUUAAAAUCCGACUAGUUUCAGUUAUUAUAUCAUUUAAAUUUGUAUGCUUUUAAUUCAUUUCGCCUUCACUUAAGCUUGCAAGUACUUAUACAAAUGAUAAUUCGCCGGUCGACUAUCGUCCUUUGCAAUGCGUGAGGAUGUACAAAAUACUGCUACUGGCUGUUUGUGUAUUUAAAAUUAAUAAUGAUAACGACAUACUCGAACUGAUUGUUUUAAGUUUAAAUACAUACUUUACAUAAACACAAUUUUACAUUCUGAUUGUUCGAGGUUCGGGAUGAAGAAUUUGAAACACUGCAAGAAUUAAACUUAAAUUUUAUGUAAUUUGCCGAAGUACUUAUACUCGUGCGUAGAAUCCUUUAAUUUAAUGCGUUGUCGUCGCAUGCUCAUAAUAUUUCUAUCAAUAAAUUAUGCACAAUGCACAUGAUCUGACGAAGAGAUCUUUCUUAUUAACUAAUUUUAUGCACAGCUGCAAAUUUGUACUAUAUUUGCUCGAGUUGAGCAGUGAGCGGCAUUGAGCGCCAUUAAUGUUGAAUCGCAAACUGGAAUAUAAUAAAGU